GACGACGACGAUCAUCACCCACGGCGUCGACUACCGACCAAUCCACACACCAUUUAAGGCCAGGACCAUUGGCACGACUCACCCAGAAAUAACCGUCACCAUUCGGUCCCGCGACUGCCCGGAGAGCACCGUCGGAGAUAUCUCCCCCUUCGACUCGCUCCAUCUCUACGUCCAUCUCACCUUCGACGACACCAUGGCUGCCGAUCGGGGGAGUGGGGUGCCGGGGCAAGAGGACUAUGGGGAGGAAUGGGCGCACGAUCUUAGGCUACGCUUCGAGCAGUUAUUGCGAACGAAGCGAUUGAACGAGCUCAGCCAGUCGCGAUCACGACAAGGUUCUCCAUCAGUGCGAGAGAGUGCGUCCUCCAACGACCUACGAGCACCCUCCACGCCAAUAUCAGGCCGCCCGUCGACAUCACAUGGUGCAAGCCCGAACAUGACGCCCCCGUCGUACUCAUCACUCCGAAACCUACCCAAGAUACCGAGCCCUCCCGCAGCGCACGAUAAAGACUCGCAGAGGUUCAGGAACAUGCUCAUCUCGCUAUCAUUAACACCCACCAAGUACGAGAACCCGGGCCUCCUCGACGAGGCAUUACAGGUCAUCCCGCUGGAUAGGAUCUACGGCGAGGCAGAGGAGGAGAACCAGGUGCUUCAAGCACAAGCAGAGAGCAUGGGCGACGGCCGCAAACCGGAAUGGGGAUACCAAGACUGUGUGGUCCGAGCAUUGUUAAGGUGGUACAAACGCUCAUUCUUCACCUGGGUCAAUAACCCACCAUGCCCCGUAUGUAUUUCCCCGACGAUAGCCCAGGGCAUGACGGCCCCGACACCCGAGGAGAACGCGUGCGGCGCGCUACGCGUUGAGCUCUACCGGUGCUCGAGCGCGAACUGCGGAGCCUAUGAGCGUUUUCCGCGGUAUAGCGACGUUUGGCGCUUGCUGCAGACGCGGCGCGGGCGAUGCGGCGAGUGGGCGAACUGCUUCAGCAUGCUCUGCCGGGCAGUCGGCGGCCGUGUGCGAUGGGUGUGGAAUGCCGAAGACCACGUCUGGACCGAGGUGUACUCGGAGCACCAGAAGCGGUGGAUCCACGUCGACGCUUGCGAAGAGGCCUGGGACAACCCUCGGCUAUACACCGAGGGCUGGGGCAAGAAGAUGACGUACUGCAUCGCAUUCUCCAUUGACGGCGCAACCGACGUCACCCGGCGCUAUGUCCGCAAAUCCGAGCAAUACAACGAGCGAAACCGGUGUCCGGAGGAGGUCCUUCUCUACAUAAUGCAGGAGAUCAAGAACCUUCGCCGUGCCAACAUGGGCAAGGAUGAGCGCUUCCGUCUAGAAAAGGAGGACUCCCGGGAGGACCGCGAGCUACGCAGCUACGUUGUCGCCUCCAUCACCCAAGCAGUAACCGAGCUUGUCCCGUCACCCAUUGCCGGACCAAGCAGCAGCGGCAACGGUCGGCGUGGACAGGCUUCGAAUGACGAUACCAAGUUGCCUGCUGAGCAACCUGGUCGCCAGAGCGGCAACGCCGAAUGGGUCGCUGCCCGUGGAGAGAAUGGAAUGCGACAUCAACAAUUCCAGCCCCCUCACGACCCGUCCCAGGGGCCUCCGCUUCCCUGAACGGCCAUCUCAGCCGCCAGUUAGCUAAUA